AAUUUUAGUAUGUAACAAAACGGAAUCAACAAGCCGGUUUGACAGUGUCGAUACAAGCCCGAUUGAAAAUAAUAAGAAAUAACAUUUAUAUUUUCCAACAAUUUGUUGUAGUCUGGACGCGUGGUUAUAAUUCAGACGUGAGGGGGGAGAAUUUCAGCUCGCAUUUCGCCGCGCAUUUCUCGAACAUUUUUGGGCAUCAUUGAGCAGUGGAGGGUACAGUAGCGAUCGAAGCAACCGUUUAUUUUUCAUUCCGAUUUUGUCAAUCAGCCAACGGAAACGGUAUGAAAGAGUUUUGUACGCUGCUAAAUGAGAUUCGAAAUUCCACCGUGAUGGAGCUAAGUGGUGAUCUAAACAAAGUGUCGCUCAUUCUAAACAAUACGAACCGGUAUGUUCGUUCCUUCGAUAAUAUCAUCUUCGAUGGCGGUAACGAACCAUACAUCAUUGAAAUAGUCGCGCGGCUGUUGCGCUUCCUGCGGCGUCAGAACUAUCUUAAUGAGCACAACAAAGUAAACGAGCAGUACGUGACACAGCUGCGUCAAAUAACUAUGUACUUGUUUCUGAAUACGGAUGUCUCGUUCCGUUACGAUCUGUCCCGAGUGGUGCAUGUAAAGCACUUGCUGAGCACAGCGCCGCAGUUGAGCAAAUGUCUGCUGUUGAAUUGCAUUUGGGGACUCGAUCUGGAUAGAUUCCUGUACGAGAUCGUGUCCAACACACCACUCUGGUUUUCCAUGCAGUUUCUUGACCAGACCAUCAGUAGUCUUCGGUACGCCAAACCGUACGAGGUACUCGAGCGCACCGAAUCCCUGGUGCGUUCCAUCUGCCUCGCCAUCGGUCGCACUGAUUGUGAUUGGCAGAAGAUCGACCGAAACCGGUACGUUGACCAUCAACGAACACUGGGUAAAAUGUGCGACCACGUCGCGGAGCUGCUUUGCUUCUACAACACGCCUGAUUCGUCCAAAUUCCAAGGCUGGUCCAAAGUGCGGAAACACACAUAUUUCGGCUACGUUCUCUGGCAUCUGUUCAAAAUGGUUCUAACGGGAUUAAAGUUAAGCGAUCGUCGACCGCAACCCAAGCCACUGGACGGCUCGAUGGCAAUGUACGAGCUUGUAAUCGAACCAGACCGCCAAAAUACUCCCCCUACUCCACCGGCAUCGGCACUGUAUUCUGGCCCGACCGAACAGGCACUGUUAAAGAUUACAACUUGCCUGUUAAAUACACUGGAAACCUGCAUCAUGCACGUUAGCAUCGAGCGCUUCGUCUGCUGGGCCGAUAUAGAUCUUUUCACUAACAAGGAAACCGGAACGCUACAGCAGCUAAUUGGCGAAUCGGCCUAUCGAGUGAGUGAGCUGCUGCUCAGUAGCAAAAACAACCGACAGCAUAGCGUUCUCACCCAUUUGGCACAGUUCGCUCUGCGCCCGAGAACGUUAGCUGAGCAGGCAUCAACGAUGACGCUUGGGCAGCUGAUGACUAAAAUCGAGGAAUCAGCCACAGCGACCCAACGGAUGGUUUAUUUGAAUGAGUUCGUCAAACGCGGCGAGCAAGUGCUUGGUAAUGCCGAAUGUUUGGCAGUGUUAGAGCAGCACAAGGCACUGCUUACAGGAGGACACGUUCGCCUCAUGAUCGAGUACGAUGCACGGGACACAGUCGGCGACGAAAUGAUGGACGAGGAUGAUGUGCCCGACGAGCGUGUCAAGCUACGCGAGCUUAUCCUACUUGUUGUACCGAACCUCCCGUCCAGACAAUUUCACUCACUGGUCACCUUCACCAUCGACACGUUCGGCACGGACUUCGAUCGCUACAAACAGGAAAACUUUUCCUCCAGUCUGGUCGCGUUCAUCAACCGUAUGGGUUCUGGCCCGAGUGACGGUGCUGCUGGUCGGACCAUGCAACGCAAUACUGGCGCUACGCUGCAGCUGCUCAUCUUCCAGUGUCCCACUACCAUUUUCACUAGCAUUGUCAACUUUGUGUACGAUUUGAGAGGUCCCGGAAUGGAAUAUUACGUAGAUGCAAUUAUCGCCAUCAUCGAACGGCAACGACCUAUUGCUGCCCGCUACAUAUGGCAACAUCUUGAGUCCAUCCUUGUGACAGAUCUCAAUAUCUGCAAAACAAACGCCCUAAAAUACUUCGCCCAACGGAUUUAUGAGAUCGAACUUUAUGAACGAGAAGCCUUCUUCCGACAGCUAUUGCUUCGUGGCAUUGAGAAAGCAUAUGAGAGCAAAAACUUGCUAGCCCUGGAAGAGCUGCUAUCGCUGUUCAACAGCACCUGGAAAAAGCUGCUUACCGUUUACCGGGCACCCAGCAAAGAGAUGGUGCGUAUCGUCGCCAGGGAAACCGCCGUUCAACUGGGACAGUUAACUGCUGAUCUACGUGCUGGUCUGGUGAACAGCAAUCCCAAAGGGAUAAAUGCACUAUCGCUGGCCAUAGAGCUCCUGGUACCAACGCUCUCUGUACUAGAACGUCUAUGCAAUGACGCGGAUAUCGAGAAUGUGCAAAAAGUCGCAAAGAGUGAGUGGCCGUUGGCUACACAGUACUACUUCCAAGUAUACCUCAAACCAAAGCCACGUACUGAGGAUUCGGAACAAAAGAGCAAAUCGUUUGCCGAGUUUUUGUACGACGAAGUGCUGGUGCCGAAGGUCUCCAGUGAUAAUGCCAUUCGGUCAUUCCUAGUGCAGAUACUCCCUCAGUGUGUCCAAAGCGAAGUUCUUUUUCUAGCGCAGGAUGAGAUGCUGCGUCCACAGUUAUUCAACGCAGUUGAGACACUAUUGGACGAGUGGCUGAAGCGAAAGGAAGUGGAAGGCAAUCUUCAUUUCCCGAUACAUUGGCUAACUAACUACAAUGCCUGUCUGAAGUUAACUUUCCCCUCUUCGGACAACGUGGAACCGGACCAAAAAUGCCAAAACCGGACGGAAUGCUUAGCGCUCAAAAAGGCUUUCCUUGAAUUGAUGGGCCGAUUUGGGAAGAACUUUGAUGAUAAUGGCGAAGGAAAUCAUCAGGUGUACACUUUAUUAGCAACAGUCGAACAGGAGUUAGCAAUGCUUGAACACUAAAUCGUUUUCUGGAAGAUACGCGACCAUUCAGUUUGUUGUAUCAUUACUACACCAGCGUAUGAAAAGAAAGGGUUAAGAAGUAAUCCAUGUACAAACUUCAGUAAAAACCUCACGCAUAACGUUACGUUACGAUAAACAUGAAGGUGAAGAAGAAGAAAAAGAAGAUUUUUUUACUC